GGUAAAUAGAGCCGGGUGAAGCAUGAAGCUGUACUGCCUGUCAGGACAUCCAACCUUACCAUGCAAUGUACUCAAGUUCAAAUCUACCACCAUCAUGCUGGAUUGCGGACUGGAUAUGACAUCUACGCUCAAUUUCCUCCCGUUGCCGCUGGUUCAGAGCCCCAGGCUGUCCAAACUUCCUGGCUGGGUUUUGAAAGAUGGAAGCACAUUUCUGGACAAGGAACUAAAGGAGUGCUCUGGCCACGUGUUUGUAGACUCUGUGCCUGAGUUCUGUUUACCAGAGACUGAGCUGCUUGACCUCUCCACGGUAGAUGUAAUCUUGAUCUCAAACUAUCACUGCAUGAUGGCAUUGCCCUAUAUCACAGAGUACACAGGAUUCACUGGAACAGUGUAUGCCACUGAGCCCACUGUUCAAAUUGGCAGACUUCUAAUGGAAGAACUGGUGAAUUCCAUUGAACGUGUGCCAAAGGCUCAGUCUGCCUCCAUGUGGAAGAACAAGGAGGUACAGAGAUUGCUGCCCGCCCCUCUGAAGGAUGCAGUGGAGGUGUCUAUGUGGAGGAAGUGCUACACUAUGCCAGAAGUGAACGCUGCGCUCAGUAAAAUCCAGCUGGUGGGGUAUUCUCAGAAAAUCGAGCUGUUUGGUGCUGUGCAGGUCACCCCUCUCAGCUCAGGCUACGCUCUUGGAAGUUCCAAUUGGAUUAUCCAGUCGCACUAUGAAAAGGUUUCCUAUGUUUCAGGAUCUUCUCUGCUUACAACACACCCUCAGCCCAUGGACCAGGCUUCUCUUAAAAAUAGUGAUGUUCUCAUCCUGACGGGUCUUACACAAAUCCCUACUGCUAACCCAGAUGGCAUGGUCGGAGAGUUCUGCAGCAACUUGGCUAUGACUGUUCGGAAUGGAGGAAAUGUGCUGGUUCCCUGUUACCCUUCUGGAGUAAUAUACGAUCUGCUGGAGUGCCUGUAUCAGUAUAUUGACUCUGCAGGACUCUCCAAUGUCCCUUUUUAUUUCAUCUCACCUGUUGCCAACAGCUCCCUUGAGUUCUCCCAGAUCUUUGCCGAAUGGUUGUGUCAUAACAAACAAACAAAGGUAUAUCUUCCAGAACCUCCUUUUCCCCAUGCUGAGCUCAUUCAGACAAACAAAUUGAAACAUUAUCCCAGCAUCCAUGGAGACUUCAGCAAUGACUUCAAGCAGCCGUGUGUUGUGUUUACUGGACAUCCCUCUCUUAGAUUUGGGGACGUGGUUCAUUUCAUGGAGUUAUGGGGAAAAUCUAGCUUGAACACUGUUAUAUUCACAGAACCCGAUUUCUCCUAUCUGGAUGCCCUGGCUCCUUAUCAACCUUUGGCGAUGAAAUGCGUUUACUGUCCCAUUGACACAAGACUGAAUUUUAUUCAGGUGUCUAAAUUACUCAAAGAAGUCCAGCCUCUCCAUGUAGUUUGCCCAGAGCAGUACACUCAGCCACCACCCACCCAGUCUCAUCGCACAGAUCUGAUGAUAGACUGCCAGCCUCCGCCAAUGUCCUACCGCAGAGCAGAGGUGCUGACUCUUCCGUACAAGCGGCGCUAUGAGAAGAUCGAAAUCAUGCCAGAACUUGCAGAUUCACUUGUGCCCUUGGAGAUUAAGCCUGGUAUUUCCUUAGCAACAGUUUCUGCCGUGUUGCAUACUAAAGACAACAAGCAUGUGCUGCAGCUCCCUCCAAAACCUCCGCAACCUCCCGCCAGUAAGAAGAGAAAGCGAGUGAGUGAUGACGUGCCAGAGUGUAAACCUUUGAAGCCACUGCUGAGCGGCUCCAUUCCUGUGGACCAGUUUGUGCAGACACUCGAGAAGCACGGUUUCAGUGAUGUGAAGGUGGAGGACACAGCGAAGGGCCACAUCGUACUCCUCCAGGAGGCAGAAACCCUCAUUCAGAUUGAGGAGGACUCCACACACAUCAUCUGCGACAACGAUGAACCUUUGAGGGUGAAACUGCGUGACCUGGUUCUCAAAUUCCUGCAGAAAUUUUAGCUCAUGGACAUCAUGCUGCUCUGCAAAGAGACACCCCAGAGCACCAGAGCUAAGAGCUUUCCAGAGGGUGACCCCAGGGAGAGAGAGAAUUUCCUGAUUCAAAGAGACCAGAAACCACCUUUCCCUUCAUGGAGAAGCAAGGAAGUAUUUUUUAAUAUCUAUAUAUUUUUUAAAUUUUAUUUUUAACCAGUUUUGGAAUACUUUGGAUGGGAUUCCUGUGCUGUAAAAUUGGGAGUUGGGAUCUUAUAGGAGAUAUGAACUGCAGAGUAAAUAAAUAGAGUGUAUAUUUACAAGGUCAAGGUGAAAUGGUGUACAGACACAGACAUUUCUCUGUGUGACCCUCUCAGCAAUGCAUGCCCCAAUCCUUUACCUGAGAAAACUCUGCAAGAAUCUUGAAACAAUGGCCUCGGAUAUUAAGAUAUUAUUUUUCUUCCCACUGCUUCUUCCCAGUUACCAGAUCCAACUUCCUCUCUGUCCUCCAUUUACAUUGUGCACGUGUUUCACUGGCACGAAGAGGAAUGAGAAAGCUGCUAAGGCAAAGAUGAUGAAAAUAAAAAUAAAAAAAGGGGGCUAUGCUGGGCAUGUAGAAUAGCUUCGAAGCAGCAAGGACCUGGCCAUUCCCUGCAAAAGCAGAGGGAUUUUAGAAAAGCUUUAGCAACGCAAAGUGUUUAUUGAUGCUGCACCCUCACCUGUUACGACCAGGUUUGUCCACCCAGCUCUAGGCUCUUCACUGAGACACGCAGAAGACUGAUUUCUCCUGGGUUCCUCCCUCAUCAGCGGAGGAACUAUCUCAGGAAGAUACUUUCAAAAGUACAUCAAAAGUCAAACUCCGAGUGCUCAUAAAGAACCUUUGAGAUUUAAGUGCCUCUUGCUUCUACCUUCCAAAAACCUGUCCUUUCAGCUCCCGCAGUCCCAAAUCCUGGUUGAAAUACUGAGUCAUUGAUACAAAGCCAUCUGUACUGCAGACCUGGGGAGGUUUUUCACUCCCAAAAUCAUAUAUUUGGAGCCUAAACUUAGUUAAUAGUUUUGCUUUUAAAAGCGAACGAUUUCUCAGAUUUACUGCUGUUUGUUUUUUAUUGGAUUGUUUUGUAUUUAUUUGGUGUUAAAAAUAAAAAGCAUAGUAAGACUGCCAAGGAGGAAGCACAUUCUGUGGUUUA